AUGAUCCUGAAGUCACUCGUGUUGUUGGCCUUUGGCGGUACCCAUACAUGGGCGGCUUCCAUUGGCGGCUCUGGGCCAGGCAAGAGGCAGAGCACAACGGCCAAGUACUGCCCUGGGGGAACGCAGAUCUGCUUCUCGGAGUUUAGAGAACCGGCCAGCGGUAUUUACUACCGCAUCGCUAUCCCGGAAGUCUCGGCUGCCCCCUUCGAUGUUCUACUGCAGAUCGUGGCACCGGUCGAUAAGGCAGGGUGGGCUGGCGUUGCUUGGGGUGGGAAGAUGAACGGCAACCCCCUUACCGUGGGUUGGCCGAACGGUGAUGGCGCAGUCGUUUCGUCACGAUGGAGCACCCAGUGGGAGGGCGGAUCCCUCGACCCGAACGGCGUAAACAGUCUCGCUUGGGCCAAGAACACCCGAGUGGUCAGCUCGGCCAGCAGCAACACCAGUUCCUUCGCAUACCACGACGGAAGGGGUGUUUUUGACCACGAUCUUAGCGUUGCCAAGGUUCCCCAAGGAGUUUUCGACGCGAUAGUCUAUGCGCUUAACAAUCCGACACCACCGGCGACUGACACAGCUAGCGCCGUGUCCACAGCUGUCACUACAGUUGCUAAGCCCACCACUACCUCGUCAAGGAGGACAACUCCCACUCGGCUCACUGAACUUCCCGGGCCCUCGUCGGCCCCCGUCAAGACCGCCUCCGCUGUGGUGACCACCGGUGUGACUCAGCUCCCUAAACCGACAUCCACGUCGAUUCGAGGGAAGCCGCCCAUCCCACACACAAGCAACUCGGCAACGAGGAAGCCGACUACGCCGAGUGUCGUGACAAUCACAGUUACGGCCCGGCCGCCGAUGACAACUCAGAAUGAUGACGAUGAUGAUAAUGAUGGUGAUGAUGACGAUGGCUGGGGUGAGUGGCCUCCUUGGACGAGCGGUGGUGGCCCGCCAUGGGGAGGAGGUAAGGGAAAAGGAAAGGGUGGCGGCGGUGGUGGUGGGGGUGGUUGGGGUAGGGGAGGAUGGCGACGGGGGAAACGGGGCCGGCUUAUUGCGCCGCCGGGUGAGUAUUAG